GUUGAAGACAUGAUACGUAUUUAAUUGUAGAUCGAUUAAAAACAAAUUUACGAAGUGUGCAUGUUUUCACAAAUAAAUGUGACCUUUUUUUAACAUACAGAAUGCAGAUAGUGCACUUUUCUUGGGGUCUCAUUUGGUACAUUUUGUCUAUUUGUCAAGUCAAUGCUGUCACAUAUAAUAUUACACUGUCACAUGAUGGCCCUGUAGUAUUAGGUGGAACUAUUAUAUUUAAAGCUGAUCUCUUUGCCAAUGGUGAAAGGCCAUCAGGAAUAUUUAAAUAUAAAUGGAGUGAUAAUGCAUUAGAUUCUCAUGUGUAUGAGACAGGAGCAACAUCAAAUACAACAACAUACUGGAGUUUAAAUAUUGCACACAAUAAUUAUACAGUUGGAAUAUAUGAAGUAGAAAUAAUAGUUUUUGAAGAAAAUCCAAUUUGGUGGUCAGAUAUUACUAGUGCUCGUACUAAAUUUUAUGUUACUCAAUUUCUUAAUGGAGAUAUUAAAGUUAUACAACCUAACAAAACAUCAAUGGAUACAUCAUAUGUCUCAUCAGCAUCUGAAGCAAAUGUGACGUUAAAUAUAAGGAAAGGAGAUAUGGAUUAUUUGAUGAAAGCUACAACAGUAUCCAUUUAUUGGUUUAUAGAUUGCAAAUAUUUUGGUCAAACAAAUGAUUUAAACUUUCUCUAUAAUUUUACAAAUCCUGAUGCAUCACAUAUGUUAGAAACUUUAGUAGUUGCCUCAUAUGAUCCACCAACAACUUUACCUCCAACAACUACUUUACCAGUAAUGACAACUAUUCCUUCUAAUACAUCUAUAUCAAAUGUUACAAUAUCAAAUAUUACAAUGGAAGAAGUGGUGACUACUACUGUAUCUAGUAACACUAUGCCUAUGGUAACACCAGUAUCACUAAAUAAUGCAACAAAUAGUAGCAUUUCCAGUGUAAAUAAUAUUUCUUUACCUUGGAUCUGUUCUUCAAUAAUUCCUCCAGAUCCUAAUAAGACAUAUGGGCACUUUACUAAAAAGAUCGAUGUUCGUGCACCUAUAAUGAAUAUAACAGUGGAGGGAACGAAUUGGAUUCAACCAUGGGAUAUGUUAUCUCUUAAUGUAACAUGUAAAGGUUCUGGACCGUUUGAUAAGUGCCUUUAUUUUCAUAGAGGAAAAUAUAACAUUACUGGAAAUGAAACAUGCAGUAGUGGAAUUAAUCUUUAUUCUUGUAAUUUUUCCAUCAUCCAUUAUUUCUUGGAACCUAGUGUAUAUACAAUAUUGAUUAUAUUAAAUAAUGAUGUCAGUAAACAAAUCUAUCCUUUGACAAUAAAUAUUUACAAAGUGACAACAAAGCCGCAAUUAUCAGUAAUUGUGUUACCUGUUUCUUGCUCACUUGCUGCUGUGGUACUCAUUAUUUUUGGUAUUGCAUAUUAUAUACAAAGUAGAGCAAGAUUCACAGUGGAGGUCGCAGAUUUUGACUUCGGUCAGAAUAAUCCAGAAAUGGAGUACAAAACAUUCACCGAACGGUUACGAGAUUCAAUUAAUAACGCCAUAAGACCAGGAUGCAAACGGAUAAGUGGGUACAAGCCUCUUAGUAAUUCUCAAAAUCUUCAGUGAUGUUUUAAAUGAAAAAAAAAAAAAAUCGAAUUAUUAAAUACUAAAAUGAGAGGCUAUGGAAAAUUAAAAAAAUGAAAAGAAAUUAAACAAACUGGAAUAUUAUGAGGAUUUCAAAAUCAUA